AUGCAUGUUUACUUUCCUAUUGAUACUGAAGAUGCACUUUUAUCUAUUGAAGUUAAAUUAGUAAAUGACGACGACUUUAAAAAACAGCUGAUGUAUGAGUUAUCAAAAAUUGGAGGUGAAUCUGUAAAACAAAAAACCUUUAAUGCAUUAAAAUUUUUGAUAACUAAUAAACUUGCUUCUUGCAUGACAUAUGCUGGGAUAAAAAAGAAUAAACGAGGUUUCAAAACACUUCAACUUCAUAAUAUAGUUAUUGAUGUGAUAAGAAACAGUUCUGAAAAAGCAACUAAUCAUAAGGUGAUCAAAGAGAUACAUAACUGGAUACGCCGGGCUUCUGAACGAUAUAGAAAUGAACUGACGAGACAUAAUGAUAAAGAUUUAGAAGUAAUGAUGACUGAAUGCAGCCCUGAACAUGGUGAUGAAUCAUGUUCAGAUUAA